GUGACUUACACCUAUGCGGAGGGAGGCUGCCUGUUAGCUGACGUUUUGUAAGUUUCACGACUGAGCUGGACCGACAAUGCGGUCGUUAGGAUGUCAGGUUCUAAAGCAGAUGCUCCGUCGUUUAUGUUCUGACACCGGCAGGAGGGCGAGUAAGUCGGUGCUUCUGAAAGGCAUGAAUGACUUUGCAGUUCUCAACACAGGGCGGAAGAUGCCCCUGCUUGGCCUGGGAACUUGGAAGAGUGAGCCAGGAAAGGUGAAACAAGCACUUAUUUGGGCCUUGGAGGCUGGGUAUCGCCACAUUGACUGUGCAGCCGUUUAUGGCAAUGAGGUUGAGAUUGGAGAAGCCCUGCAGGAGACUUUUGGCCCCGGCAAGUCGCUGAGGAGAGAGGACGUGUUCAUCACAUCCAAGCUGUGGAACACCCGACAUCAUCCAGAUGACGUGGAGCCAGCCCUGCUGAAGACCCUGAAGGACCUUAAACUGGAGUACCUGGACCUCUACCUCAUCCACUGGCCCUACGCCUUCCAACGAGGGGAUGUUGAUUUCCCCAGAAAGGAGGAUGGCACCCUGCUAUAUGACGACACAGACUACAAGCUGACCUGGGCUGCCAUGGAGAAGCUGGUGGGGAAGGGUCUCGUCCGAUCCAUCGGUCUGUCCAACUUCAAUAGUCGGCAGAUAGACGACAUCCUGUCUGUGGCCAGCAUCAAACCAACUGUCCUACAGGUGGAGAGCCACCCCUACCUGGCCCAGGUAGAGCUACUGGCCCACUGUCGGGACCGUGGUCUGGUGAUGACGGCCUACAGCCCUCUGGGGUCCCCUGACCGGGCCUGGAAACAUCCAGAUGAACCUGUUCUGCUUCAGGAGCCUGUCAUCGCCUCCCUCGCAGAGAAAUAUAAAAAGACCCCAGCUCAGAUUAUUCUCAGGUGGCAGGCACAACGAGGAGUGGUAACCAUCCCCAAGAGUGUGACAGAGUCACGCAUCAAAGAGAACAUUCAGGUGUUUGACUUUACCCUUGAGGCAGAUGAAAUGAAAAGUAUGACUGCACUGAACAAGGGCUGGCGUUACAUUGUACCAAUGGCUGAAGUGGAGGGAAAGCGUGUUCCCAGGGAUGCAGGACAUCCUCACUACCCUUUCAACGACCCCUACUGAUGACUCACACUACAACCCAAAUUUGUGCCUUCAGCAACCCCAUCAACACCACAUCACUAUCCCAGAUCACUAAUACAUUUUUCUGGAUCCUGGCAUUGGAAUUUGUCUUCAGAUCAUUUCAAGUCCUGCACGUAUCAUUAGAACAAUUCAAGUUACUGUCGGUGAUGAAGACUGGAAAGUCUGUUAUGGCUGUAUACAUACUGUAAGUGUUAUUUUUUAAAUAAACAUUUUGUUACUUCA